CCAGACUCAAAGACGAUUCGUUUGCGAUGGCGGGGUUGUGUCCGCGAAAAAAGAGUGCUAACAAGAAGCACGAUCCUAUCAGCUGCGACAUCGAGUUUGAUGGAGUAUUUGCACCGGUUGUUUGUGCGAAACUGGUGGCUGAACUGAUUAAACACGUUUUGUAUCAACGACAACAGUUUCCGAUGUCCUACGAGCAAGUUAAACAGCAUUUUCACAGGCAGCAGGAGAAGGAGGGUCCAUCAAAACAGAGAGGCCUGGGAGCUGUUCACCACAACAAAGUCAGACAAGGCAUAGAAACAGCAGAGGAGAUGUUCAAUAAUUUGGAAAAAAUAUUUUCUCAAAUGUCUCACAUACCCCAGGUUGUUUUAGUUCUAGGUGCCACACCUGUUAGUCCUAAAGAGACAUACACUUUCAACCUUCCCUCUGAGAACAGCACAGGAGAUACCCUAAGUCUCAAAACUGGUGUCAGGACCAUGUUUCGCAGGCUGGUGCAAAAGGAUUUUAUGUCAGACUUAAAACUGAUGUCACCCACCAGUGCCUUUGUGCUGAUUAAGGCUCCUAGAAAGUUGGAUGGAACUGUGGAGUGGUUUCAGCCAAAAUUGAACUUCAAACUUUCCACCAGAGGGCGACAGGUUGUGAUGAACUUGGUCAGUGCCUCCUGUGCAAUAGAAGAGGAGCUUAGUCGAGGAAGUGAAACAAGUUUUGAUUUGUCAGGCAUUGCCCCACUUGAUUCAUCUUCCACAGAGCAGCUGAAUACCUCAGCAUAUGAGAACUUCUCACCAGGGCAGAAUGAUAGCGGCUUUGGAGGUGAAAACCGCUUUAGCAAAUCCAGCGAGUCUGACAUGACACCUAUGUUGACAGACAGGAUGGAGGGAGGAGGGGAUGAUGACUUUAUCUGGUAUCAGGCUCCUCUGGCUAUUAAAGGAUUCAAAGAUAAGAGCAGCAAGAUUGCCAAGAAUUCUGAAAUGUUAAUUUAAUAUCCUGAUGAUCAUAACUGGUUGUUGCAACUUUUUCCCCCACAUACUUAUUUGAGGGGCAUUCAGCUUCAGGUUCUGCUUUAAGCACAAUAAAGGGCAAAAGACUAGUUUUUUUUUUUUUUUUUUUUUUUGGUGGAUUUUGAAAUUAUGUCUAGUCACCAUGCAUUGUUUUUAAAAUUGUUUUUUAUUUCAUCUUGUAUGGAUCAUAUUUAUAUAGUGAGAUGGUUGCCAGGUGGGACUUCAAACAGUUUGGAGUGGCAUAAGUGCAAAAGCAAACUCAUUGCCUUUUUUAUCCUGUUUUAAAAGAGGCCAUGUCAAUAUGCAGUGUGGCCAAAGAGAGCACAAUAUAUUUGUUAUUGUUUAUGAAGAAGCCAGUUAUCUACUUAUCAAUAACAUUUUUAAUUAAUCUCGGUUCACUUCAGGACAAAAUUUUAUCUAUAUGUGUAGCUGGACAAUUUUAAUUAGAGUAAAUCAGAAAUUUGAAGUAAACCAAUGGUAACUUGCUCAAAAACUGUUACUGGUAGUCAUAGAUUUUCUGUGACCAUAUUGGGGUACUCUUUGCACUUGCUAGAGUGGCAUGACAUGCUGUUUACCUUGGCUUGAUAACUAUUGCAUUUCAUUUAUUUACAUAUGUACAUCUAAAACCAUGUCAGCAUUUUACAGGUUUUCUUUCUUAUUGUGCCAGGGGUUUAAACAUGUGACUUAAAAUUGUGAUUCAGUCUAAUACUUAUGCCUCUUUAUUUAAUGAGAUAAGGGAUCAUUUUCAUUUUGUAUGACAGAGAAAAAGGGUAUAAACCCUCUUCAUAUAUGUAGGAAAAGUACAAAGUAUUAGCUGAAACAUAAGUAUGAUCCACAAAUUAGGCACUUUAGCCAAGCCAGACACUUUCUGCAUAAACAAUUGUUUGAAUAAUUUUUCAAAUAUCACUUUUUCUUUUCAUUUGUUUUGAUUUUGGGUGUAACAUUUAGCAGAUAUUUGGUUUUGUGUGCACCAAACCAAAUCAGGCUUUGACUAGACAGUUGGGUGUCAUGCAGAACAUACCUAGAUUGUGAAGUUGAUUUUUAACCAGUUUUAUGGCUUUUUUUCUUGCAAGAGUGGUAUCUAAGGUGUUGCACAACUGUAGAUGUACUUAAAGGGAUAAUAACUCUACGUAUGAGAUCUAUACUUCACAACAAAAACAUUGUGAACAACUCAUAAAAAUUUAAUAUAUUGUUUUUCCACAAAAAUGAGUUAUAGCUAAUAUUCUGAUAUCCGAGCCUGUCUUUAGACCACAUGACCUCCAUUGAUGGCUAUACUCUGUUAUAAUCUCUUAAGAGAUUAUAACAAAAAAA